GCGCUGGCAGCAUCCCUGCCUGCGAGAGCAGCCCCUUCCCCUCCUCCAUCCCGCGGAACCCCCGGCUUUGUCCCGUGUCCCCCCCCCGGCCCGGGGGUGCUGGAUGUGGCCGCGGGGAGCGGAGUCUGCUCCGGAGCUGCGCUAAGGGGACCUGCCGCAGGUCCUUGGCGCAGGCUGCUGCUUCAGGAUGGACCCGCUCUUCCCUGCCCAUAUUUUUGAAGACCCCGACCUGAGGAAGCUGCUGAACGACUCCUCCAUGCUCAACCUGAGCUUUCUGCCCAGCAACUGGUUCAACAACAGCACCGGGGACAGCUUCCUGCCGCUCAGCAUCAAGAUCACCAUCGUGGUUGUCUACUCCAUCGUGUGCAUUGUGGGGCUGGUGGGCAACUGCUCCGUCAUGUAUGUGAUCGUCAGAUUCACCAAGAUGAAGACAGCCACCAACAUUUACAUCUUUAACCUCGCUCUGGCUGACACCCUGUGUCUGAUGACCUUGCCCUUCCAGGGAACAGACACAUUCCUGGGCUUCUGGCCCUUUGGCAAUGUCCUGUGCAAGAUUGCCAUCUCCAUUGACUACUACAACAUGUUCACCAGCACCUUCACGCUGACGAUGAUGAGCGUGGACCGCUACAUCGCCAUCUGCCACCCCAUCAAAGCCCUGGACAUCCGCACGCCCCACAAGGCCAAGGUAGUCAAUGUUUGCAUCUGGGCACUGGCUUCUGUCUUUGGCAUCCCGGCCAUGGUGAUGGGAUCUGCAGAGAACGAGAACAACGAAAUUGAUUGUCUAAUUAAGCUCCCUUCUCCCGUGGACUACUGGGAUCCAGUGUUUGGCAUCUGCGUCUUUCUCUUCUCCUUUAUGAUCCCCGUGUUGAUCAUCACCAUUUGCUACAGCCUGAUGAUCAGGCGGCUCAAGAACGUCCGUGUCCUCUCGGGCUCCAAGGAGAAGGACCGGAACCUGAGGCGCAUCACCCGCAUGGUCCUGGUGGUGGUGGCAGUCUUCAUCGUUUGCUGGACUCCCAUCCAGAUUUUCGUGCUGGUGCAGUGCCUGGGUGCCAAGGCGGAGAGCGAGCUGGAGCUGGCCAUCUCCUGCUUCUGCACUGCGCUGGGAUACGCCAACAGCAGCCUGAACCCCGUGCUCUACGCCUUCUUGGAUGAGAACUUCAAGGCGUGCUUCAAGAAGUUCUGCUUCCCCACCGCCUUCAGAACCGAGCUCCAGAUGUCCAACAGGAUGUGCAGCAUCGCCAAGGAUGUGGCCUAUGCCUGCAAGAACUCGGAGGGGACUAACAAUCCGGCCUGACUAGGCAUGGAAAUCCCCAUGGUGGCUGUCGCCCAGCAGAGUCCAACCACCCCCACGUCAGAACUAACUCAGAUAACGGCCCUUUAGCAGGACCUCAAAACUGAGAGGUGAGAAACCAAGGAAACAAUUUUGGGGGUUGGGAAAACUGGAUACUGCGAGAGCACGCAGAGAAAGUGAGCCCAUUUGAUGCAUUUUU